AUGGAUAGUAAAAUACUUUUAAGAAGAUCUUCAAGAUUACUUCAUAAUAAUAAUGAACAAAAAAAUGUAAAUUAUGAAUAUACAGAGAAAUUUAGAGAAAAUGAUUCAAUAAAUCAAGAGAAAAAUAAGAAAAAAAAAAAAAAUGCUAGUGGUAUAAAUGAGCAUAUUAUAAGUACUGAUGAGAAUGAUUCAUCAGAUGAUAGUGAUUAUAGCAAAAGUGAAAGUCAAGACGAUGAUGAUUAUGAUGAAUCAUUGAAAGAAAAAAAAAGAAAAGAAAGUAAUAAUAAAAUAAAGAAUAAAAAUAAAAAAAUUGUCCAGUAUUCAGGAAGUAAUGAAAAUAACGAUUACUCAAAUGAAAUUUCCCAAGAUAAUAACAUAAAUAGAAAUAAUAAUUUGAAAAAUAGAAGUUAUAUAGAUAAAUUAAAUGAAAAUAUAGAUGAUGAAGAUUUUGAAAUAUUUAAAAGAAGCAAAUUUGAUAGAAAUAAAAGAAUAUCUACUGCCAAUAGGAGAAAUAAUCAAACAGAAAUAAAAUUAAAAAAAAGAAAAAGUGUUUAUGUUGAAUCUAGCAAUAGCGAAGAUUCAACUGAAAGUGAUGAUGAAUAUAUAAACGAAAGUACUAGACCUUCGAAAAAAUUAAAAAAAAAUGAUAAAAUGAAAAAUAAUAAAAUAGAUGCAAAAUUUCAUAAAAAUUUUGAAGAUUUUAAUUUAUAUGAAAAAAUAAAAAAAAAUCCUAAAAAUUUACAUGAAGUAAUUGAAGAAAUAUAUUAUAUUUUAUUUAAUAAAGAGCAAAAUGAAAAAGUUAAAAUAUCUACUUUUUUUUUAAAUUUUUUAGCUGAAUGUUCUGGUAAUGAUACAUUAACAUGGACUAUUGAUAUAAUUGAUUAUAUAGAUAAACAAAUAUACUUAUUUGAAGAAAUUUCUAAAAACAAAUUAGGAGAGUCGUUUUCAAGUAAUAUACAAAAAGAUAAUGAUAUUAAUGAAAUUAUAACACCAUCAACAGCAAAAUCUAAUAGCAAAAUAACUAAUAUAGAUGAAAUAAUAAAAGAUGAAAAUAAUUUUGAAAAAGUGUGUGUAUUCAAAUGUGAAAAACUAGAACAAUACUUAACAGCAGAUUUAGAUAAUGAUGUAUUAAUAAAAAAAAAAAAUGAAAAUAAUAAAUCAUAUAAAGCGUUCUCUAAUUUUUUUUCUGAUUUUUCUUUCCAUUUUGACGAAAAUUAUAUAUAUGAAAUAUUAUAUAUAUGCAUAUGGAUAUUUGCAUUAAGUGUAAGUAAAUAUAGGAAAAUUAGAUUUACCUCUUCACUGGCCAGUUUAUCCUUAUUAUUAGGUUUAUGCAAAAAAAUUAAUUAUAUUAAUAAUCAUGAAAAACAAUCAAGAAAGCAAUUACUAGCAGAGUAUGUUAGAGAAAUAAAAAAUAACAACUCUAUUAUGAAUAAAAGAAGUAGUAGUGUAGUUAAUAAUAGAAAUACAAAAGAUGUUAAUCUUGAAGAGAUUAUUUAUUUUAAAAAUACUAAUAACGAAGAGAUUAACACUAUUAUACAAAGAAAUUUAAUAAUUAGUCAAUUAAUUGAUAAUAUCAUUGAAGAUAGGAGAAAUUUAACAAUAUUAAAUAACUUUCUAUUAUGUACUUAUAACAUUUUAUAUAAAAAUAAAAUAAAAGAUGUAUUUAUUGAUAUCAGAAUAAUAACUCUAGAAUAUUUUUAUACUUAUUUAGAUUCUUUAACAUCAUAUUUUACUAAUAGAAAAUUUACGAAAUUAUUAAUAUGGAUAUUAUACGAUAAAGAUAGUAAAGUAAAGAUAUGCUGUUUAAAUGUUUUAAUUUAUCUGUGUAAUCAUUACAAUACAAAUGCAAGUAGGAAUUUUAAAAUUGUUGAAUUAUUAUAUAUAUCAAAAAAAAGAUUAUUGAAUUUAAUUUUUGAUAAUGAUUAUAAUGUUAGAAUUAAAACAUUUGAAUUAAUAUUGGAAAUGAGCAAAAUGAAAAUUACAAAAAAUGAGUUAAUAAAUUUAAAAAAAAACAUGAAAUCUAAUAAUACGAAUAAUAGGGAUAUUAGCAUAUCAGAUUCUUCUUCAUCUGAUUACGAGGAUAGUAUGAAUACAUCUUGUUCUGAUGAAAAAAAAAAAAAUGAUAGCUUAGUUUUAGCAUAUAAUAGUGAUAAUAACAAAGAAUCUCAUGAUACUACUAGCAUUUUAUCAAAAAAAGAGAAAAAAAUUAUUAGUAAUUUAAUAUGGUUUAAUAAUAAUAAUAAAAUAUCUAAGAUUAUUACUUCCUUAAUAUAUGAAUCUCAGAUAAAGCACAAAAUUAGAAGAAACGAUAAAAAGAAAAAUAAUUAUUUUGAUAUAGAUCAGGAUGAUAUGAAUAAUGAAAUAGCUAGAUAUAACAUAAUAUAUUUAACCAAAUAUUUAAAUAAAAAUAUUCCUACCGUUAAAAAUUUUAUUCAUUAUUUUGAUUAUUUAACUAAUUACAAUGAAAACAUGAAAUUGUACACAGUGAUUGAUAAAUUUAUUACAGGAAUUAGAGAGAAACUUGAUUCAUUAAAUAAUAUUGAUAUUAUAAUUGAAUUAUUAUGUGAGGAAAAUACUAUAUCAUUUAAUUUAUGCAAAGAAAAAAAAAAUAAUGAUUUCAAAAGAAAACAUAAAAGUAAUAAAAAUGGUAAUGAAGGAGAAAUAAGGGAUACUAAUGAUGAUGCAGAUAUAAAAAAGAAAAAAAAAAACAAAAAAAAUACAAAUAAUAAUGAUAAAGAUUCUGAUGAAAAUGAAAAUGAAAAUGAAAAUUAUAGUAAAUCAUAUAAUUUAAAUAAUGAUUCUGAUAAAUCUAAUGUAGGUUAUGAUUUAAAGAAAUGCUUACUUCAUAUAUGCGAAUCAUCCUAUAAAAGUUUUCAAAAUGAUAUAUAUGAAUUAGAAAAAAAUAAGAAUAAAAAAAAUGUUUUAUCUAAUAACUUAUCUGAUAAAAAUAUGCAUAAUACAAAACUAAAUAAUGAUAUAAGUAAAAUUAAAAAAAUGAUCAUUUAUACAUUUCAAAUUAUAAAAAAUAGCAAACUUCUUAUAAAAUUGUAUCAAACAAAUCAAGAACACUUAUUAUUAGUUUUUAAUAUUUUAAAAAUUGCAUUACAUGAAUGUAAACAUAUAUAUAAAAAUGAAGAAAAAAAUAAUAUAUAUAAUUUCUCUUCUACAAUUAUGGAAUAUUUUAGAAAUGAUAUAGAUAGUAAUAUUAACUUUUUUUUUAAUAAUGUUUAUGCAUAUUUAAAAGAAACAUAUGAAUAUUUAUUUUAUUUACUCAAAAAUUUUAAAUUACCAUAUUAUUCAGCUAAAUAUACUAUGAAUAUCAUAUCUUUAUUUUUAUCUUUAAAUGAAUCUUUUAAAAGUACCAACAGAUUAUCAAGCGAUUUAUUUUUUGAUUUAUAUUAUACGUACUUUUAUGACUUUCUUAAUAGUUUUCAAUUUUAUUGUAAGAAAUACAAUACGGAAAUAGAAUUUAAUGAAGAAGAGGAAUAUAUAGUAAAUAAAAAGAACAAAGUAAUUAUUAUAAAUGAUAAUUUAGUUAAUAAAGACAAAAAUGUAAUAGAUUCAAUUGAAGAUGAUUUAAUUAAGAAUGUUACUUUUUUAAUUCACAUAUAUACAUUGUGUUUUAAUUAUAUUAAUAACGAUUUAUCUAAUUAUAGUAAAAAAAAUGAAAUAAAAAUAGAUAAAAGUAUUAAAAAAUAUAUUGAACAAGAUUAUUUUAAGUUUAUUGUUAAUGAAAAGUACCAAUUAUUCUUUAAAGAUAAUAUUUAUUUAAGUAAAUUUUUUGAUGAAAACAAUGUUCCUUAUUAUGAUCAAUAUUAUUUGCAAAAUAAUGGUGAAGAUAGUGAUAAAAAAGAAGAAAACGAUGAACAAGAUGAAGAAGAAAAUGAAGAGAAUGAAAAUGAAUAUGAAGAUGAACAUGAAGAUGAAUAUGAAGAUGAAAAUGAAGAUGAGAAUGAAAAAGAAAAUAAUAAUAAAAUAAAAAAUAAAAAAUUGAAAAAAAAAAAAAAAAAUAAUGUAGUUAAUAAAGAUGAUGAAAAUAUAUACAAAAAAUUAAGUAAUAAAGUAAAUAAAAAUGAAAAUAUGCAUUAUAAACAAAACAAUAGUCAUAAUUUAUAUUAUUCUUCAGAUGCCUGUAUACAUGCUAAUAUACUAAUACAUUUGUGUUUAUAUAUAAUUAAAGCUAAAAUUAACUCCAUUUAUUACUAUGGAGAAUCUCUUAAUACUCCAUCAUCAAGGUUAAUUUUAUUAUGCAUUGAUCAAAUAUACAUAAUUUAUGAAAAUUAUAUUUACCAUUUAUGUAGGAAAAGAAAUUUUAUUAAUUAUAUUUUUGAUUUUUUUUUAAAAAAUUGUUCUAAAGAAAAUGAAAAAUUCAAUUUAAGUGUUGUAAUAGAUAAUGAAAAUAUAGAAAAAGAUAUAAACGAAAAAAAUGAUACAGAUGAAAAGAAUAAAAAAGGAAAAGAAGAAAAAGGUAAUAAAGAUAAUCAAACUAAAGAAGAUGAAGAAAAAAAUAAUAAUAAUAAUAAUAAUAAUAAUAAUAAUAAUAAUAAUAAUAAGAAUAUAAAUUUAGAAGAUUUAAAAAAUUUACAUAAUUUAAAUAGCAAAAAAAAAAGUAUACUAAAAAAUUUAUUUUUGGAAUUAAAUUAUUUGUAUCAAAAUAUUAUAACAUUAAGAGAUGAUUUUAAUGAUAUUCUUAUAUUUUUAAUUAAAGUUUCUAAUAACACUAUAUUAAAAUAUGGUACAUUUUUAAAUUUAAUGAAUGUAGCACAAUUGGAAAAUGUAGUUUUAUUUUCAUUAGAUGAAUUAAAAACAUAUAGAACAUUAGAAUUGUUUUUAAAUAAAUGUGAUGAAGAAGAUAAUACAGAAGACUUAGAAAAAAUUAUAGAAAAGUACUUAGAUGUUAAUGAAGAAAUUAAUAAGUAUAAAAGUGUAGCUAGAUAUGUAUAUAAAGAAGAUAAUGUUCUUUUUAAUUUUGUUACAGAAUUAUUCAAAAAUGUAGAAAAUAUAAAUAACGAUAAUUAUAAUUUUGUUAAUUCCUUUUUAUCUAUUGAUAUUAGUGUAUUUUUCCCAAUAAAUACUUAUACUUACAUUGCUGAUAUGUGUAAAAUAUAUAAUAAAGAUGAAUUAAGUGAAAAUAAAAAAAUUUUAGAAAUGCAAUAUAUGCAUAUGACUUUAAUAAUAGCUCAAUUUAUAUUAAAUUGUAACAAUAUAAAUAUUUUUAAUAGCUGUUUAGGGGUAUUAUUGUUAAUACAUCUUAAUGUUAAAAAUAAAGGAUUAUCCUCUAUUGCUUUAAAUUUCCAUAAUAAAUUAAAAAAAUAUAACAUCGAUAUUUUUUAUGAAGUACUUUUAUGUGCAUUAAUAGGUUUAUAUACAGCUUACAUAAAUAACGCUUUAGAAGAAAAAGAUUUAUUAUUAUUUAGUACUUCUAUAGCCAGUAGAUUAGGAAUAAAAAUAGUAGAGAAGCAAAAGUUACCACUAUGCAAAUUUAUUCAUUCAUGUGUAAAUUGUGCUUUGAAUUUAAAAAAUCAAAAUUCUUUUUUAAAAUAUAUAUUACCAUAUGCUCAGAAAUUAAACCUUUCUGAUUAUCAACUUAAUUAUUUAAAAAAACAAAUCUUAAACUUAAUUGAAUCAUAUAAUAUUUCCAAUAAGACAUCAAUCAAAUAUGAAAAUAGCAUAUUUGAACACAUGAUACUAAUCAUAUGUAAAAAAAGAAAAUUAAAUGAUGAAUUUAAGGAUUCUAAUUACGAAAAUUCUUACAUGAACUUAAACGAGAGUAUACACAUGAAUAUAAGUAAAAAUAUAUCCAAUAUGAAUAAAAAUUCAGAAGAAGUUACUAUUAAGACAAGGAAAAGUGUAAUAGAAAUGAAUAAAAAUGUUACAAAUAGUGAAGAAAUAAAUGAUAUUGAGGAGGAAGAACAAAUAAAUUUCUUUCAAAAAAAAAAUAGUACACAAAAUAACAAAAAUUAUACAGAGGGAAAAUAUCAAAAUAUUAAUGAAAAUUCAAAAAAUAAUAAAAAUCAAAGUAAUUAUAAUGUUAAGAAAGAAAUUAUAAAUGAUGACGAAGAAGAGAAUAUUAUAGAGCAGAAAUAUAAUGAUAUUAAAAAUAAUAAUAAAAAAAUAGAAAAUGAAAACAAUAAUAAAGAAAAUAUAAUAAUUGAUGAAGAAAAUGAAAAUAAAAAAGAUUUAUCUGAAUAUGAAACUCCUUCCAAUUCUACCUUAAGUAAUUUUAUUAGUUUAAAUGAAAAUGACGAUAAUGUAAAUCUUAUUGAUGAAAUGAAAUAUGAUAAUAAUAUAACUGAAAGUAAUAAUAAAUCUAUUUAUGGUAUUAAUUCUAGCCCGAAACCUAUAAGAUCAAAGAAAUCUACGAAGCUACGUUUAAUUACUAAAAAGGAAUUAGAUGUAAACAGUAGUGAUCCAUUAAAUAAAUCAUUAAAAAUUGAUACAAAAAAUUCUGUAGACAAUUCUUUAAAUAGUUCCUUGAAUAAUGUUAGCGAAAAAGAUAAUGAUGAAAUAUCUAUUAUAUCAGAAAGAAAGAAUAAAAUAAAUUAUUUUGUAGAUAAUGAUGAUGAUUCUAAUUCAGAUAUUAUACCUGGGAUGUCACCUAUUAAAAUGAAAGAAAAAAAAAAAAGUGAAUUAUCAACUCCCAUUUCAUACGCAGAUGAUUUAAUGAAUUUUUAA